AUGAGCACUCUCUUGCCCACUCUUCGACCUCUGGGCAAGGCAUCGCUGCUUACCCAUGCGCUAAGAUCAUGCCGCCAUGAACGACGGACCUACGCCAUUUCGGCCGGCAGAGCGCCUAUAGCAGAAGUCUUCGACAGCAGGGCGAAGUACUUACACAAAGAGCGGUCGGCUAGGGAUGUCGAGCAGAGUAGACAGGUGGACUAUAUCCGCGAUGAAGUUGCUGCGAGACUAUGCGACAGGUUGUUGGAUAUCAAGCGGCACUUCCCCAAGGUCCUAGACUUCGGCGCGAAUGCCUGUAACAUUGCUCGCGUGCUCACGCGACCUGCGCCAGACUUGACGGGCAACGAAGAAGGAGAAGUCACAGAGCCUGGAGAGCCGAUCGCGAAGAGGAUAGGAGAGCUCACAUGUACGGACACCAGCCCAGCAAUGCUCUACCGUGACGAGAACGAGCCCUUCAACCAGGAGAUAUCUGUUCAGCGCCAGGUGUUACAACAAGCCGAAUACCUCCCUUACGAACCAGAGAGCUUCGAUCUGGUCAUGUCCUCCAUGUCGCUCCACUGGAUCAAUGACCUCCCGUCCGUCUUGACCCAGUUCAACAAUAUCCUGAAACCCGAUGCUCCCUUCAUAGCCGCCAUGAGUGGAGGCGACAGCCUAUAUGAGUUGAGAGGAAGUCUCCAGCUCGCGGAGCAAGAAAGGCUAGGAGGGAUAGGAACCCACAUCUCCCCCCUAGCAGACGUCCGAGACGUGGGCAACCUCCUCUCCCGAGCCGGCUUCAAACUUUUAACCGUAGACGUUGACGACAUCGUGGUCGACUAUCCUAACACUUCAGCUCUCAUGGCCGAUCUACAAAGUAUGGGCGAAGCCAAUGCGGCUUUGAGACGAGAACACACGCCCUUGUCCCGGGAUGUCCUGCUCGCGACAGAGGCGAUUUAUCGGGAGCUUUAUGGGGAGGAGCAGGAGGAUGGGAGUAUCACUAUCCCGGCGACGUUCAGGACGAUCUAUAUGAUUGGAUGGAAGGAGAGUGCCAAUACGCCGAAGCCUUUGGAGAGAGGGACGGGGCAGGCUAAUUUGACGGAUGUACUUGGUGGCGGUGGCAGGAUUGGAGUUAUCCUGGCUCUGCGGUCCCAUUAUAUCCGGCUCUUGCAGGUAUAG